CCGUAUAUCUGUUAUUAUUUUAUUUCCUUAUAUAUUCAUAAAAAGUCUCCGCCCAAUUCCCACAAAUCCCCUCCUCUCCAACUCCCCUCCCCUGUUCUCCACCGUCGCACUCUCCGCCCCCUCCCUCCUUCCCCUGUUCUCCACCGUCGCGGUCUCCGCCACCUCCCACCUUCCAUCUCCGGAAACGAUGGGGAAAGGCGGUGCUCUAAGCGAAGGCGUCGUCAAAAAAAUCCUACUCUCCUACGCCUACGUCGCCAUAUGGAUCUUCCUGAGCUUCACUGUAAUCGUCUACAACAAAUUCAUCCUCGACAAAAAGCUCUACAAUUGGCCAUUCCCAAUCUCCCUAACCAUGAUCCACAUGGCCUUCUGCGCCUCCCUCGCCUUCAUCAUAAUCCGCGUCUUCAAGCUCGUCGAGCCUGUUUCCAUGUCCAGAGAUCUCUACCUCUCCUCUGUUCUUCCCAUCGGCGCCCUCUACGCCUUCUCCCUCUGGCUCUCCAACUCCGCCUACAUUUACCUCUCCGUUUCCUUCAUCCAAAUGCUCAAAGCCCUCAUGCCCGUCGCCGUCUACUCCAUCGGCGUCCUCUUCAAAAAAGAGCCGUUCAAAUCCGAUACUCUGUUCAAUAUGCUGUCAAUUUCAUUUGGGGUCGCCGUCGCCGCCUACGGCGAAGCUCAAUUCAAUGCUUGGGGGGUUUUUCUUCAAUUGGGUGCUGUUGCUUUUGAAGCUACAAGACUUGUUAUGAUUCAAAUUUUGCUUACUUCAAAAGGGGUUUCUUUGAAUCCGAUUACUUCUCUGUAUUAUGUCGCCCCCUGUUGUUUCGUCUUCCUUUUGGUGCCGUGGGUGUUGGUGGAGUAUCCAAUUUUGAAGGAGUCGUCGAGUUUUCAUUUUGACUUUUUGGUGUUUGGGACUAAUUCUUUGUGCGCUUUUGCGUUGAAUUUGGCUGUGUUUUUACUCGUCGGAAAGACGUCGGCGUUGACCAUGAAUGUCGCCGGAGUUGUUAAGGAUUGGUUGCUGAUUGCGUUUUCUUGGUCGGUGAUUAAGGAUACGGUGACGCCGAUCAAUUUGUUUGGAUAUGGGCUUGCGUUUUUGGGAGUUGCGUAUUAUAAUCACUCGAAAUUACAGGCGUUGAAGGCCAAGGAAUUGCAGAAGAAGGCGGCGGCGGCCGAUGAGGAGGCCGGAAAAUUGUUGGAAGAGAAGAACGCCGGUGAGGGAACAGGGAACAGAAGUGAUCCACAGGAUUGAGUUAACAGUGAUUUCGAUUUCUCAGUUGUUUAUGUAAUAUUGUAUUUUAAUUUUUAUAUUUAUUAUGUUUCUUAUGAAUUAUCAUACGAUUUAAAAAGAA